UCCGCGCGUGGCGGCCACCGAGCGGCUGGGCGGGAGAAACUUUCCCCUCUGUCCCCUGCGCCACCGCGAGUUGCUUAGCCGACCGCUGGCCGAGAGGACGCCCGUCCUUUGCCCUGGAGACGCCCUUCGGGACGCGUGCAGCCCUGCCCUCGGGGACGUCGGUGCAGCACGGGACCAGGCAGAAGGUUCCUACAGUACAGCCUGGCUUUCCUGGGCCGCCUGUGCUUCCUGGAGGUGGGUGCCGUUCCAUGGAAAAUGGAAGGCCUCCCGAUCCUGCAGACUGGGCUGUGAUGGACGUCGUCAAUUAUUUCCGAACAGCAGGAUUUGAGGAGCAAGCCAAUGCUUUCCAGGAACAGGAAAUUGAUGGAAAAUCCCUGCUCUUGAUGACAAGAAAUGACGUGUUGACAGGACUUCAGUUAAAAUUGGGGCCGGCUCUGAAAAUCUAUGAGUAUCAUGUUAAACCUCUCCAGACCAAGCAUUUAAAGACCAGCUCUUCAUAGUGGAGUGAAACUGGGGUCUUAUCCUCAAAACAGAAUACACAGUGAUGCCGUUUAGUUUCUUGUUGUGAGACUUCACCACAGAAUACAUACAUAC